AUUCAACCUCUCCUCAUUUCAUUUUCAACCACACCAACAUGCACUUCCUUCAGCUUUCAUCACUUUAUCUCAUCAUUGGUUUCCAUUUUUUCUCUUCUCCAAUUCAUCCUCAACAGAACACACUUUCCUUAUUCCUUCUUCUUCAUUCCUCGCACACAAACCUCACCACAGGCAUGCUUCUCGUUUUCUCACUUCAAACCUUCGCUCAAUAAUCUGCAACUUCCCAACGUCAACGACAUUCCGCUGCGUUUCAACCAUAAACACAGAUUAAAACUUCAUCGUCGCCACCACCAUUUACCGCAAGAGCCUCGCCGGACCGGGAAUCUCCUCCGUUCGGGCUCGUUCAGGAUUCUCUAGCUUCGGAGUUCACGUCCUCUCGCUGCUGUCUGCGUCAACGAUGACCGACUUCCUUCGACCAUUGCCGGCGUCGGCGAGUCCAAAGAAAAGCAGUUCAAGUUCUAUAAAUAGAAGGCAUUGGUAAGAGUUAUGGAGAAAGAAAGACAAAAAAAAUGAGAACUAAUACUUCUCUUCUCUGUCUUCUAUCUCUUGCUAUUGCUACCCUUUUGAGCAAUGGCGCUGCAACUGCAACGAAAAGCGUGAAGCCAAGCCACUAUUCUUCAACAUUCAACAGAACCCUAUUUCCUUCCACUUUUAUCUUUGGACUAGGUUCUUCUGCUUACCAGGCAGAAGGAGCAACAAAAGUAGAUGGAAGAGGAGCAUGUAUUUGGGACACCUUCACUCAACACCAUCCAGAAAAAAUUUGGGAUCAUAGUACUGGUGAUGUUGGAGCUGAUUUUUAUCAUGGCUACAAGAGUGACAUAAAAUUGGUGACACAAAUUGGGAUAGACUCCUUCAGAUUCUCCAUCUCUUGGUCAAGAAUAUUCCCCAAAGGCAAAGGAACCGUUAAUCAUUUGGGUGUUAAAUUCUACAAUAAUCUUAUAAAUGAGAUUAUAUCAAAUGGUUUAAUACCUUUUGUCACCCUUUUCCACUGGGACUUCCCACAAGCUCUUGAAGAUGAGUAUGGGGGAUUUCGUAGUCAUAAAGUGGUGGAGGAUUUUCGUAAAUACGCUGAUUUUUGCUUCAAGACGUUCGGAGACAGAGUGAAGCAUUGGGUGACACUGAACGAACCGUUAUCGUAUAGUCUGAAUGGUUACAAUGGAGGAACCUUUGCACCAGGUAGAUGUUCUAAGUACGCUGGGAAUUGUCCUGCUGGUGACUCUGCCACUGAACCUUACAUCGUUGGACACAACCUUUUACUUGCUCAUGAGUCUGCUGCCACCUUGUACAAGACAAAAUACCAGGGUCAUCAAAAGGGACAAAUUGGGAUUACCUUACCGACUCACUACUUUUUGCCGAAAUCUAACAGUGCUGCUGACGAGGGAGCUGCAAGUAGAGCUCUAGACUUUUUCUUUGGUUGGUAUGGUCAUCCGGUUACAUAUGGUGACUAUCCUGAAAGUAUGAAAUGGUCAGUGGGUGCUAGACUUCCCAAAUUCACAAAAUCUGAAUCUGAAGGCCUAAGAAAAUCCAUUGAUUUUCUUGGUGUGAAUUACUACACCACAUAUUAUGCAGAAAAUGCUGCACCUGUCACCACCAACAGGACCUUCUACACAGAUAUGCUAGCCACUCUAUCUACGGAAAAGAAUGGUGAAGCUAUUGGAACCCCGACGGAUUUGGAUUGGCUCUUCGUAUAUCCCAAGGGAAUUUAUCAUCUUAUGGUAUACAUAAGGGAUAAAUACAAGAAUCCAAAUAUUUACAUCACUGAAAAUGGCGUUGCUAAAGCAAGGAAUGAUUCAAUACCAGUGGAUGAAGCCUGCAAGGAUGGUAUCAGGAUUAGGUACCUUAUUGGCCAUCUUCAUUUCCUUCUUCAAUCGAUCAGGGAAGGUGUUAAUGUGAAGGGCUACUAUGCAUGGUCAUUUUCAGACAGCUUUGAAUGGGAUGCUGGUUACACAGUUCGAUUUGGACAGAUAUAUGUUGAUUACAACAACAAUAUGAAAAGAUACCUAAAGUUUUCUUGUUUGUGGCUGAAAAAGUUUCUUCUCAAGUGACCUAAAUUUGUGGUUCCUUUGGCAUUCCUGGUGUUUUUACUGUUUAUUGCCUACUUUUCACUAUGAUGUAAUCAAUAAAUCAUUGUUAUCAUCAAAUAUAAAUAAUUCUUAUAUGGCGUGUAAAAGUAAAGUACAUCUUCAUCACAUUUAGUCAUCUUCUUUAUCAUCAAACCUACCUUUAUAGAUGUCGUCCUUGUUUUAUAAAGUUUU